AUCAUAUGGGUGAGGAUUGAGUGGCCAUUUCAUGCAGUAUGGUGCACCAUUAACCAGAAAACAAAGCUUGCUAUCAUAGCAACUUCAGACUCUCUUUGGAAACAUCAUGUCUCUCUGUACAUAUCUGUUGGUGAAGCAUAUCAGGAAACAAAUAGCGAGGAGAAAACAAGAACACAAUGACACUGUUUCGCCUGCGUUGGAAACAAGAAAUCUUUCGCCAUAUGCGAGUGAGCUUGCAAUUGUCAUGGAGGAUGGAAGUGGCCUAGACUCGCCAUUAUUUGAUUUUAACAGGGUAAUAACAGCAACGAGCAACUUUAGCCAGGAAAGUAAGCUCGGAGAGGGAGGAUUUGGUCCAGUUUACAAGGGAAAGCUUCCCGGUGGUCAAGCAAUAGCAGUGAAGAGACUAUCCAAGAGCUCUGGGCAGGGCUUAAAGGAAUUCAAGAAUGAGGUGGAACUGAUAUCCAAGCUCCAACACAGGAACCUAGUUAGGCUUCUGGGUUGCUGCAUUCAUGGAGAAGAGAAGCUUUUGAUCUAUGAGUUCAUGCCCAACAAGAGCUUGGAUGCCUUUCUCUUUGAUGCAACCAAGAGAGGUCUAUUGGACUGGAAAAGCCGCUACAACAUUGUUGAAGGGAUUGCUCGGGGGCUGCUAUACCUUCACAGAGAUUCUAGAUUGAGGAUUAUUCACCGAGAUCUGAAAGCGAGCAAUAUUCUACUGGAUGAACAAUUUAAUCCCAGAAUAUCUGACUUUGGCAUGGCACGGAUUUUUGGUAGAGAUCAAAGUUUAGAAAGGACGGGUACAGUUGUUGGAACAAUUGGCUACAUGUCCCCUGAGUAUGCCAUGGAAGGGCAGAUUUCCGAGAAAUCCGAUGUCUUCAGCUUUGGUGUUUUGCUUUUAGAAGUUGUGAGUGGCAAGAGGAACAACCAUUUUGUCGACGAGAAAGGUCUGAACCUCUUGGGAUAUGCAUGGACACUGUGGAAGGAAAACAGAAUCCUAGAGUUGAUCGAUCCAUCAUUAGGUGACUCAUGGUCUUGCUCAGAAGUGCUCAAAAUCAUUCAAGUGGGGCUCUUAUGCGUGCAAGAAUUCCCAGCAGACAGGCCAUCCAUGUCUUUGGUAGUGUCGAUGCUUACCAGUGACACAAAUGUUCCAGUUCCAAAACAGGUUGCCUUCUUUGGGAGAUGUCACUCAGAUUCCAUUUCAUCGAUGGAAAGCAAGCAGACAGGCUCUGCAAAUGAUCUAACUAUUUCCAAAUUACAGUGCAGAUAAUGUGUGAGCAUGACAUAAGUCCACCAGCUUCUUGUUAUAUUAUUGCAGACAUGGUGCAAUCAAAGUUUCAGCAACAGCGGACACAUUUGGAUUGAGAUAGAUGCUUGCUGCAAUGGUGUUUUCUCUGGCAUGGGAAGAAUGCAGAUAAGAGCCAUCUGAAGAAUAAAAUUUACGACCAUUAUCUUCUCCAUCUUUGUUAAUUUUUGGCAGAUCUUGAAUGUGGUCCAAUGACAUGCUAUCCUCUAAUUUGUACUGGUCUCGAGCCGCCAAUUCAAGAUUAAGAACCGCAUGUUUUGUUGCGAUAUGACUCGAUACAAAGUUGCAUUAGCACCAGAGAAUCUAGCACUUGCAAUAUUUCUUGCAGUAGAUGGUUUGUCGAUAAAACUCAUUUCCAUGCACUUGAUGGCAGAAUUCAACACAUUUUUGGGCCUACCAAGUCAAUGUAUUAAACAAUAUCAUCAGACAUGUUUAGGCGACCUUCCAUUACUGACCAAAUAGUUAAGCAGGCAAAUCUUGUAGAAGAAUGUCUUUCUUUUGCCACAAUGUGCAUGUAUAGACUCCAUUGUUAUAGUUCACCGUGACUGCAUGUUCAACAGAGUUUUCAUGAAUCUAAUGCAUGAAACUUCUUGCCAUGUGGAAUCUCCGGGCAUUCACCCAUCCGCCGCUUCGCCGAUUAGAAGCCAGAAUGGUUUCCUUCUCCCAGCUUCAAUGACUCAUGAAAAGAAAAGGGUAUUACUACAAGGGAUGAUUGCUGCACUAGACCUUUUCUACGUAGCAAUAGAAAAAGUUUAUAACCCUGCUUGGGAUAACCCUGAGAAGAAGACAACCACCAACGAGUGUUAGGUCAGAGAGAAGGUAAAUAGCAAGCCAUAAAUAUAUAUCCACCUUCAGUCAUAGAAACUUCAGCAUGCCUUCAAAUCAAAAUAAACAAA